ACUGAAGUCCGUCAACCACAUUUCAGCAAAUGCACUUCCUCAUCCAUGUGCACUUGCUGCCUUAUUGUUACCUAUAGCAAUUAGACACACCGCCUGCAUACGAGAGAAUAUUUGAAGCUGGUAUUUAUUGAUUAAGAAAGCAAUUCAAACUUAUGCCAAAGUCAUUGCAUUAGUGCUGGAUUCUUCCACCUGUUCAGCCAAAAGAAAUGGACAAGAUGUCACAGCACACACAGGUGAAUGCUGAGCAGCAGCGAUCUCAAAACCCUCAAAGAAGGAGUUUCAGCUUCUCAUCUAUGCGAAUUAAAAAAAGGCACAACAGUAAUGAAGAGGGUGGAUUCAAAGGGCGGAGAGGGCUGAGGUCUUUUUCAUCAGUCCGGGAGUCAUCGAGAGAGGUCGCAGAUGAAGAUGGUGCCUCACUGCCACAGAGAUGUCAAGACUGGAUGAAAAAGACAGGCGAGCAGCCCAGAGGUAACCUCAUCUCUGAUGUUGCAGGGAAACACAGCAACCUACCUAGUGAAGAUGAAGGUGGACGACAAGGGCCCUUCAAGAGGUUAAAUGCCAUGUGGUCAUCCUUCCGCAGAGGCAAAAGACAUGGAAUGAGAGACCCAGAGCCAACAGAGCCAAAUGCCCCUGCGCUGGCAGACAGCACAUCCACGCAGCACCGCUGUGUCAGUGGUCAGUACUUCUUUGAAUAUCUGGUGGUGGUCAGCCUCAAGAAGACCAAGGAUGGCAGCAGUUAUGAACCUCAGAUCACCUACCAGUUCCCCAAGAGAGAUCAGAUGCACAGAUCUCAAAAGGAGGAUGAAGAGAAGACACUGAAGGCAAUUACACUCUUCUGUUUCCCAGAGGGCAUCAACUGGGCUCCUUUGACAGAAUACCACAGUGAGACCUUCUCCUUUGUACUCACUGAAAUCGAUGGUAGCAGAAGAAACGGAUACUGCAGGAGGUUGCUGCCUGGUGGUAAAGGAGCUCGUCCACCUGAGGCUUACUGCAUCAUCAGCAGCGUGGCUUGUUUUGGCCUCUUCUCCAAGAUUUUUGAUGAGGUGGAGAAGCGGCGGCAGAUCUCCAUGGCCAUGAUCUACCCAUUCAUGCAGAAGCUGCGGGAGGCUCCAUUCCCAGCUCCGGGAAACACUGUGGAGAUUAAGAGCUUCAUUCCUGAGUCAGGCACUGAGAUUAUCAGUCUGACGCGACCGUUGGACUCCUGGCUGGAACACGUCAACUUUGCCAUGCUCUUUGGCUGCCUGACAGAUGAGGAGGUGUUACUGGUGUUUGCUGCUGCUGUCCUAGAGAGACGGAUCAUUUUCAUUGCUGAUGAGCUGGGCACAUUAUCCCAGGUCAUUCAUGCAGUAGCAGCCCUCCUCUACCCCUUUACCUGGCAACACACCUUUAUCUCCAUUGUUCCGGAGAUCCUAAUCGAUGUAGUGAUGGCACCCACCCCCUACCUGCUGGGGGUCCAGAGACACCUGCUAGACCAGGUCAACGACCAAACUGAUCUGCUGCUGGUGGACUUAUCCGAGGAUAAAAAGAACACCUUCAUUGUUUCAGAUGAUGAGAAAGAUAUUCUGCCCCCGAAGCUCCAAACUGAAAUACUAGAGGCACUGAGUCACAGACAAAAAACAUCAACGACAGAGGAGCUGAACCGGGUGGUGUCAGAGGCCUUCUUGUUGUUCUUUGUGAAAACAGUCGGCCAUUACAUGUCGCAUGUGAAGUACAAUCGCAGCGGAGAGCCAGGCGAGUUUGACAAGAGAGGAUUCUACAAGGCCAUCGAGUCCAAGACCACUCGUCACUUCGUCAAGAAAUUCAUUCAGACGCAGAUGUUUGACCUGUUUAUCCAGGAUGUGGAGCAGCAGCAGCCUGGACCACAGCAAGGAAUUUUUUACAAAAAGGUCCUUGAAUACCAAGAGAAGAAGAAAAGGGACAAGAAAAACAAACACUAGCUCUCUGCAUGGAUGAACCUGGGUGUGUAUAAAGGAGUACAGAGGAAUUGAUGUGAAUUUUGUACUGUGUUUUAUUUCCUGUCAGUUUUUUUGUUAAUAAGAUAUAAAAAAGUGUGACUUACUGUACAGCUGUGUUGCUGCCAGUCUGUGAAACAUUGGAAAGAUGAGCCUUCAGUUCCUCGUGUUGGUUCUCAGCCUGUGGUCACAGUGAUGAGCAGGAACAUCAUUUCAAAGAAAUCCUCGUUGUUUAAGUCUAUUAUCUUUGGCUGGUAGCCCUGGGUGGUAUUUUGGUAUCCAUCUAUCUAUAUUUCUAUCUGUUUGUUUUUUUGUUUAAUUCUUUCUUUUUAUUCUUUGUUUUUCUCUUUUGUGACUGACUUGACUGAUAUUUAGCAGAGAGCUCUGUCAGAGUUCAAUGCUGUGUGAAUUCUAACUAGGUACAAUACUCAUGUAAGGGACAAAAUUAAAAUCAAAUGUCUCAAUAUUUGAUGAAUGUACUUGUUUUUAUUGUGCUGUUGGUGGUCAGAUUAGAACUAUAUGCACAUAAUAUCAAUGAGUACAGUCCUUCUAAAGAGAUUGGACAUGUUUCUGUUUCCACUGCAGACUGUCAACAGAAACAUCAAAUAUGGUUUCAGCACAUUACAUAAACAUUUAAGUUCAAGAAAAUGACAAAAUAGAAAACCAAGGCUGUAGGAAUCCCUCAGUACCUCCACCAGCACAAGGUUUUAGUCUCUGUAAAUGUUUGAAAUCAUUUUCGCUCUUAUUUAUUUAGUUUACUGUAAAAUAACAACAAUAAAACUCAAUUUAAUUUCCCUACACAACAUGUGUGAAUAGUUUUGAAAUCUUUCUCCACACUGUCAGGAGUAAAUGCUGACCUGCAGUAGAUCAUUACUGUUAGACUAAAACUAAAUAUAUUUAAAAACAGGACCCAGCAUAUAAAUGACUCACAAUAAAUCAUGUAUUAUAGAAUGUGAACUCUCCCCAGGUUAAUAAACCACCAGGUUCUCAGGGGGAAAAAGUAACACCUCAGAAAUGUUCACAUUGAAAAGAACAAAGCAUUCACAAAGUGUAAAAGUAGACAGAAACAUGCAGAGCUGCAGUGUUAUUGCCCACCACUCUCCCUUAGGAUGGACAUUUUAUUCAAAUGUUACUUUUGUUCAUUUCCACAUUGGUAGUUGGGUCUGUGUAUGUUUUCAUUGUUUGUUUUUGUCAUUUGAAACUAUUGUCGUCUUUUUGUUUUAAUGGAAAAAAUUAAAUAUCGAAAACAAAUCUGGCCCUGGAUCCUUUUGCUCAUUUUCUUUUUUGGACCUGAGCUUUAAAUCAAAAGUCUCAAAAACAAAGCUCAAGUUCCUUUUUUGUCACAUCACAUUCAUAAACAAAUAAUGAAAUAAGCCAUUUUAAAAAUAUGGAUAAAUAUCUAAUGAACAAAUGAUACACAGACUUCUGAGUCCUGAAUUUGAUACUUUUUGGUAUGAACCUAUACUAGAUCUGUGAAUGUUAUUUCUUUAUACUUCUAUAUAGGAAACGUGUAAUUCAUGUGAUAUCUUGUCUGUUUUUGAUGAGAACAUAAAUCUGUUGUUACAAUACAUUUGAAGUUAACUUUGGUAAAAUAACACAUCUGAACCACUGCAGGUCUACAAUGAUUGUUUCUUUGAUUAAAAACAUUAUGUGCUAAAUGUCUUUAAAGAAGUUUUUGUUUAUGAAAGCUAAUUGUUUCAUAUGCCAUUCAGCUUAUGAAGUGGCCCCCCCCUCCAAUUAUACAAUGAUGAUGCGGUUUGUUGUAUGAUUGGCUCCAUAGUAUAUGGUGUUUUAAAAUAUUGAAAAAGCUAAACUAAAUUAAAUUUGUAGCGCCUCUGUAGCUGAGUGGUUACCAUGCAGGCCACAUGAAGGCAGCAUCCCUGAUUAGAUACUGCUGCAUGUCAUUCUGCUCUCUCUCUCUCUUUUUGUCUCCAGUUAGCUUAAAUGCCAUUUACUGUCAAAUAAAGGCAAAAAUACCCAAAAAUAAAUCUAUUAAAAAAUAAAUAAAUUCAGUUGGCUGCAUUUGCAACCACACCAACAGAUGCUACUAAAUCCUACAGACUGCUCCUUUAAGGACAUUCUUUUUCUUAGAGAUAAAAAAGACUUUCAUUUUGUAUAUAAUUUAGUAUGAAU